AUGAGUGAUAUUGCAAACAUUGAGGAGGCAAAGAUCCCUGGUAACUACUCUGCUCGCAAGAUUCAGCGUUGGAACCCAUCUUCAAUUUACGCCAGAACUAUUGAUAAUGAUAGUUCUGCAAAUCUCCAAGCUCUGAGAAGCAGAACAGCUAAUAAGGAUGAUGCCAUUCACAGCAAUCUUCCCGCUGACCAUGUCUCCUUAGCACAGAUGUACUCCACCGAUUCAGGUAAAAUGUUUCAUGCUGGCUCUAUAUGUAUAAUAAUGGUGGGAUUGCCGGGUACAGGCAAGACCAACAUGUCUAUCAGUUUAUGCCGUUACCUCAGAUGGUUAGGUGUUAGGGCCAAGUUGUUCCAUUUAGGCGACUACAGAAGGAAGAAUACCGAUUUAAACAAAGAUAAUGAUUUGAGCUUUGAAAAAUUGGCCGAAAGAUACUAUUUUUCUCCCAAUCCCGAUGAUGUUGAUACUAAAAUCCUUAAGUUGAAGAUUAAAAAUGAGCUGAUAUCUGAUAUGAUGAAAUUUUUUGAAGAAUCAAACGGUCAAAUUGCUAUCUAUGAUGCCAUCAAUGGUAUCUCCAAGGAUAGAGUAAACUUAUACAACUACUUUAAGGCCAGAAAUGUUAGGUGUUUGUUUAUUGAAUCCAUUGUUGAUGAUGAAAAAUUACUAGAAAACAACAUAAAAGAUGCCAUUAAUUCUCCUGAUUACAAAAGUUGGAACAAUCAAGAUGCCAUAAAUCACUUUCAAUUAAGGAGGAAAUUGAGCUUAGAAUCGUACGAGACUUUAGAUACUAAAAAAACUAAUUUACCAUUUAUUCAAACAUACAAUUUUGGUAAAAACAUACUUAUCAAUCAACUAAAACAUGAUUUCUUAACUACUAAAAUCAUAUACUAUCUUCUCAAUACUAAGAUAAAGUCUCAUUCCAUUUAUUUUUCUCGUUGUUCACUGAAUAAGUUAAGUUUUAAAGCUGAUCCUCCAAUCACAGAGAGUGCAAAAGAUUAUAUCUAUAAAGUUUUUAAUACCCUGAAGUCACAAUUCCCUGAGAACGAGAUAUCAAAAAGCUUGAGUGUAUGGACAUCAACUAGACUAAGAACCAUGCAAUCAUCGCAGAUUUUCAAAGAUUGCGGUUGCGUAGUUAAACAUAGACCAGAGUUGACCCAAUUAAACCCAGGAGCGGCUGAAGGUUUAACCAGAGAGGAAAUUAAGAAGAAAUUUCCUGAGGAAUAUGAGAAACAUAAGGCAGAUCCAUACCACCACAGAUAUCCUAGGGCUGAAUCGUACCAUGACUUGGCUUUGAAAAUCGAGCCUUUAAUUCUAGAACUAGAGAAGUUGUCACACGAUGUCCUUAUUAUUGCUGAUGAGACAAUCAUUCGUAUAUUCUACGGUUACUUGAUGGCCUCAAAUGCAAACGAGAUUCCGUCAAUUAAGUUUCCGCAGAAUGAAAUCAUUAAAAUAACUUACCACACUUAUAGUAAUGAACUUGAACAGUUGGUUGUUGAAGGUAUCGAUGCCGAAUAA